CAAGCUAUAAGACGAACCCUCCCCUCUUCUGCUAUUUCGUUUCUUUCUGUCUUGUCAUCACUCAGUACUCCUCGCAUCUCUCUACGUUGUAUUUUCUUAAUUCUUUACUUGAUACCCCCCCUCACAAGUCAUUCACAAUGGCUCCCAAGAUCGCCAUCGUCUACUACUCCAUGUACGGCCACAUCAAGCAGCUGGCCGAAGCUGAGAAGGCCGGUAUUGAGAAGGCUGGCGGCUCUGCCGACCUCUUCCAGGUCCCCGAGACCCUCCCCGAGGAUGUCCUCGCCAAGAUGCAUGCUCCUCCCAAGCCCACCGAUGUCCCUACCCUCGACGACCCCUCCGUCCUUGAGGGCUACGAUGCCUUCCUCCUUGGUAUCCCCACCCGUUACGGAAAUUUCCCCGCCCAGUGGAAGGCCUUCUGGGACAAGACUGGCAAGCAGUGGGCUUCCGGUGGUUUCUGGGGCAAGAUGGCUGGUAUCUUCGUCUCUACCGCCUCUCAGGGUGGUGGUCAGGAGACUACUGCUCAGAACGCUAUCUCGACCCUCACUCACCACGGCAUCAUCUAUGUCCCCUUCGGUUACGCCAAGGCUUUCGGUGUCCUGACUGAUCUCUCCGAGGUUCGCGGUGGCAGUGCCUGGGGCGCCGGUACCUUCGCUGGUGGUGACGGUUCUCGCCAGCCCUCUGCCAAGGAGCUCGAGCUUGCUCAGAUCCAGGGAGAGAACUUCUACCAGACUGUUGCCAAGUUCACCGGUUGACUGCAUGGCAGCAGCCAAGCCAAGGCUGCGCCUGAGGUGGCAUCGAACACCAACAAGCCUGCCGAGGCUGAAAAGGGUACCACUGCUCCCAAACAGGAGAACAAGGGACCUCAAGAGCUUAAGGAGGUCAAGGAGGGACCUUGCGGACUGCCAGCCAAGUGCGUAGUCCAAUAGACGAGUUGAACGAUAAUGGAACGCAAAUGAUUGGAAUCAAUAACAAAUACAAAUAAAUAUUCUUAUGAUCAUUUAGUAUAAAGAACUUGGUGUGACAUCAUAUAUGCCUCUAGAGAACCAAUUAAGGAGCACUUUGAAACGGCGACGCUAAUGGCAAAUGAAGAUUAAUACCGUUUCCGUCUCAGGCUUUCCUCUGUUGGUGCUAUUACAAUACCUGAAUCAUACCUACCUAUUCCAUGAAUAUCACCGCUACACACAAGAUGUUGCCCGGUGGUUGGAUGUCCAUUCCAAGGCGAGCAAUCGAAGAGCGUCGAAAGAGUACGGGCAAGCGCAAUAGGUCAAUUUCAUUUUCUAUAGGUGGCUUGGUAGAUACCCAAGUUAAGGUAGUUAGUAGACAGGAAGCUGCGCCCAGCGCAAACUACCUAUCUAGUCCCUGCAAUGCGAGAGGAUGAUUCAAAUCUCUAAAUACUUGCUUGUUAAGGAUAGAAAGAAAAGAGGGUAUCUUUCUUGC